GUGACGUGCCCGGGCCGCUCGGGGCCUAGUGCUGCGCUGAGGCCUGGUGCCGGUUUUUGUCGCCUGGCGGUGGGAUGAUUGGCGCGGGCGAGCAGCGGGCGGGCGCAGUGUACGAGAGGCGCGUUUACAAGAAUGUCUCUGACUACCAGUACAUGAAGGUCCGCCUGGAAUUCGAAGCCCCGGGAUUCAGGCUGAAUGAUGUAUCCUUUAAACAGAUGAUCAUCUCAGCCCUCAGGGGUUUGCACGGAGAGAUUGGUGCUGCCUUGCCAAUUGAUGUUCUGAAAUUUGAAGAGCAAUCAUUAACAGCGAUACUAAGGGUGAGAGGAAGUGACCUUGUGAAGCUCUGGAGUGCAUUGACCCUGGUGGCAUCCUAUAAAGAUAUGAAGUGUGCUUUCAGAGUUAUACAGGUCUCUCCUUUUCUUCUUGCACUGUCGGGCAACAGUAGAGAAUUUCUGCUGAUUUGAGAUCAUUGAACUGACUUGUUGUCUAGACUGGGUUAUAACAUUUUUGGAAGAAUGUCUUUCAGUGGUCCAAGAAUUAUGCUUGAUAUAUUUCAGAGAACAUUAAAAAUGAAUCGGUGGCGUGCAGGUGGCAUUGUGAUGCUACACGAUACUUUUCGUAGGUCUGUGCACAUUCAAGCUGGGGAGAAAGCUGAACUUACCAGAGUUUUUACACAGAGUGAUGUAUUUAACUUUGCAGAGUUAACAGGUGAUACUAACCCGCUUCACCUUAGCGAGGAUUAUGCUAAGGCUCAUAGAUUUGAAAAACCAGUUGUACAUGGUGUAUUAGUAUGUGGGUUAGUAUCUGCUGUUCUGGGAACCAAAAUGCCCGGAUGUGUUCUUCUAUCACAAGAACUCCGUUUCCUCGCACCUUUGUAUGCAGGUGAACAAGUCUCUGCAGUUCUAGAUAUAACUAAAAUUAAGAGAUCUAUUGCUUGGAUUGCUGUUUCAUGCAUUGUCAAUGAAAAUAAGAAGAUUAUUUUGAAAGGGGAAGUGAAGGUAAUGCUGCCAGAAGGUAAAUGUCAAAAUGUAUAACUAUUCUGAAAUUAUGAAGUAAUUUGUGAAAUAUUUUUAAGAUUGUAUAUUCUGUUCAAGCUAUUAAAAUUGUGAUUUGAAAAUGGA